AUGCCGACUGUCAGCGUGAAGCGCGAUUUGCUCUUCCAAGCCCUCGGCCGGACCUACACUGACGAAGAAUUUGAUGAACUAUGUUUUGAAUUUGGUCUGGAACUUGAUGAAAUCACUUCUGAGAAGGAAAUUAUAAGUAAGGAACAAGGUAAUGAAAAGGCAGAGGGGGCAUCUGAUGUUAUUCUUUACAAAAUUGACGUCCCUGCCAAUAGAUAUGAUCUCCUAUGUCUGGAGGGAUUGGUUCGAGGACUUCAAGUCUUUAAAGAAAGGAUAAAGGCUCCAGUAUAUAAACGGGUAAUGCCUAAUGGAGAAAUCCAGAAAUUGAUCAUCACAGAAGAGACAGCUAAAAUACGCCCUUACGCUGUAGCAGCAGUUCUCCGAAAUAUAAAGUUUACUAAAGAUCGCUAUGACAGCUUCAUUGAACUUCAAGAGAAGUUGCAUCAGAACAUUUGCAGGAAAAGAGCAUUGGUUGCUAUCGGUACCCAUGAUUUGGACACUUUGUCAGGCCCAUUUACUUACACUGCGAAGCGACCUUCAGAUAUCAAAUUCAAACCUCUAAAUAAGACAAAGGAGUAUACAGCCUGUGAACUGAUGAAUAUGUACAAGACUGACAACCAUCUUAAACAGUACUUACAUAUCAUUGAAAAUAAGCCCUUGUACCCAGUUAUCUAUGAUAGCAAUGGUGUUGUCCUAUCAAUGCCUCCAAUCAUCAAUGGAAACCAUUCCAAAAUAACAAUAAAUACUAGAAAUGUAUUUAUCGAAUGCACAGGAACUGACUUUACUAAGGCAAAAAUAGUUCUUGAUAUUAUUGUCACCAUGUUCAGUGAAUAUUGUGAGAAUCAAUUUACGGUUGAAGCAGCUGAGGUAGUUUUUCCUAAUGGAAAAUCACAUACCUUUCCAGAACUGGCUUACCGAAAGGAGAUGGUGAGAGCUGAACUCAUUAACAAAAAAGUUGGAAUCAGAGAAACACCAGAAAAUAUUGCUAAGCUUUUGACUAGGAUGUUCCUAAAGUCAGAAGUCAUUGGCGACGGGAAUCAGAUUGAGAUUGAAAUCCCUCCAACCAGAGCUGACGUUAUCCAUGCAUGUGAUAUUGUAGAAGAUGCAGCUAUUGCCUAUGGAUAUAACAACAUUCAGAUGGCUCUCCCGAAAACAUACACCAUAGCUAAUCAAUUUCCCCUUAACAAGCUCACGGAACUUCUACGACAUGAUAUGGCAGCUGCUGGCUUCACGGAAUCACUUACGUUUGCUCUGUGCUCCCAGGAAGAUAUUGCUGAUAAACUUGGUUUGGAUAUCUCUGCAACAAAUGCAGUCCAUAUAAGUAAUCCUAAAACAGCUGAGUUUCAGGUGGCGCGCACUACCCUUCUUCCUGGCAUCCUAAAGACCAUAGCAGCGAAUCGGAAGAUGCCUCUUCCUCUGAAGCUGUUUGAAAUCUCUGACAUUGUAGUAAAAGAUUCUAGCAGAGAUGUAGGUGCAAGAAACUACAGGCACCUUUGUGCUGUUUAUUACAACAAGAAUCCUGGGUUUGAGAUAAUCCACGGGCUACUGGACAGAAUUAUGCAGCUGCUUGAUGUGCCUCCUGGUGAAAAGAAGAGAGGAUAUAUGAUCAAAGCAUCAGAAGGCCCUGCUUUCUUCCCUGGGCGAUGUGCUGAGGUCUUUGCCAGGGGUCAGAGCAUUGGCAAACUGGGUGUUCUUCAUCCUGACGUUAUCACCAAAUUUGAGCUGAACAUGCCCUGCUCCGCCCUGGAAAUCAACAUUGAGCCCUUUUUGUGA